ACGGCCUCUGUGAUUAAUUCCCGAUGUAGUGUUGGUGCAGAUUUAUUAUUUGAAUUGUUGAAGAUGUCAUCAGGCCUUACAGAGGAACAAAAGAGGAGGAUUGAAGAGAAUCGGCGGAUAGCUUUGGCUCGGAGAGCAGAGAGGCUGGCAGUCCAGAGAGCUGGGCAGGUGGGGAUUGCUGCACCUCAGGUGAAAGAACAGAGCCCAGGCAAUCAGAGAAACUCGAAGGAAGAAAACAACCAUGCCAGGUUCACCGGCCAGCACCAACAGAAUCCAAACAAUCCUGUGGAGCAGAAGAGCUAUCUUCAGAAAGGUUAUAACCAUUACACUGCAAACCAACAGAUGGCUGGUUCACAAAGGGAGCAGCAAAAGAAUUGUUCAGAGGACUCAGAACAAGCAAGUGGCCUUAAGCAUUUCCCUACAACGAUCCCAAAUUCUUUGAGUUAUUCCCAUAAACAUUACUUGGAUGCUGGUGGUCAGGAACAUGGACAACAAGCUUUAAUUAAUCUUGGAACCUCCCAGCAGUCCAAAUGCUACCCAGCUUUCAAAAACUCCACAGAACCAUCUCAUCCUACGUUAACUGAUAACACGCACCCUGACGGUAGUAAAAAUUUACAAAGUCUGAACAAAUCUGCCAUAAAAUAUGUUUUACCAUCAAGCAGUGCCGCCCCAAGUGAUUCAGAAAUGCCGAUAAACACAAGCAGACUGACAGAAAGAAAAGGGAAAGGUGUUGUAUCUCAGGUCAGUGGUAGGAUGCAGAAGGUGACCAACACUUCUGGUGUGGACUCUACCUUUGAAACUGCCUCUGGCAAGAAAGCAAAUAAUGUUACAAAAGGAAAAUGUGUGAAAUAUGGGGAAGACCGAUUCCAGGUCGAAAUAGGGUAUAAUGCUGAACUAAUUACUGUGUUUAAGAAGGUACCAAGCAAAGCCUACGAUCCUGCUAUGAAAAAAUGGAAUUUCAGCUUGGGAGAUUACAGCAGUCUCAUGGAAGCAGCGAAUCAACUUUCGUCAGUAGUUCUGGCACCACUGGAAGGAGAAAAUGCAGUUGGCUUGGCAUCAGGCUCUCAUUUCGUUGGCAGUGGGGUUGAUGUGAAAUCCCUCUUGAAGAUGUGUAAGAACUGGAAGAAACCCUCAGCCCUUGUCAAAGGGAAGUGUGUGCUGAUCUCACGCUUGCGAUUUGAGGUUGAUAUUGGGUAUUCUGCAGAAGUGAUUGGAGUGUUCAAACAGAUAGAUUCCAGAAAUUAUGAUGUGAACACCAGAAAGUGGAAUUUCCUGCUGGAGGAUUACCCCAAACUAAUCGAAGUGUUACAGAGCCUCGUGUCAGUAGAAGUGGAGCCACUGCCCCAGGCAGUAAUACAGACCUUUGCUGCUCAGCUGCAGAGAUGCCUGUCACGCACAGACAUUCCUGAUGCCGACCUUUCAGUAGUGGACUCCAAAAUUGUGACGAGCCUCAUGCCCUUUCAGCGGGAAGGUGUGAAUUUCGCAAUUUUGAGAAAUGGACGUUUACUCCUUGCGGAUGACAUGGGCUUGGGCAAGACCAUCCAGGCGAUCUGCAUUGCUGCCUAUUACCAAAAGGAAUGGCCCUUGCUGGUGGUGACUCCUUCUUCCGUGAGGUUUACAUGGGCAGAGGCAUUUCACAGGUGGCUUCCAUCCUUGAGUCCAGAUAGCACUAAUGUCAUAGUGACUGGCAAAGACAACCUAACAGGAAGCUUGAUCAACAUCAUCAGUUUUGACCUUCUCAGUAAGAUGGACAAGCAACUUAAGAGCACAUUCCAAGUAGUUAUUGUUGAUGAAUCUCAUUUCCUAAAGAACAUAAAAACUGCACGAUGCCGAGCUGCCAUGCCUCUACUCAAGGCUGCCAAGAGAGUGAUCCUGCUUUCAGGAACCCCUGCCAUGUCACGGCCUGUGGAGCUCUACACGCAGAUCGCGGCUGUCCAGCCAUCUUUUUUCCCACAAUUCCACUCCUUUGGGCUACGCUACUGUGAUGCCAGAAAGAUGCCGUGGGGUUGGGACUACUCUGGAUCAUCCAACUUAACUGAACUGAAAAUUUUGCUGGAAGAGUCCAUCAUGAUCCGACGUCUGAAAUCAGAUGUGCUUUCCCAGCUUCCAGCAAAGCAACGCAAAAUGGUUGUGGUGGCUCCUGAAGGCAUUAACGCAAAGACCAAAGCUGUCUUGGAAGCUGAAGCAAAAAGGAUGGCCAAAGGAUAUAAAAGUAAACAACAGGAGAAGGAAGCUCUUCUCGUCUUCUUCAGCAGAACAGCAGAAGCUAAAAUCCGCUCAGUCAUAGAAUACAUCUUGGAGUUACUGGAAAGUGGGAAUAAUAAAUUCCUGGUGUUCGCUCAUCACAAGAUAAUGCUGGAUGCAGUUGUUGCAGAGCUGGAGAAGAAACACGUUGAGUACAUUCGCAUCGACGGCUCCACAUCUUCAGUCGAGCGGCAGUCUCUGUGCCAAAAGUUCCAGUUCUCAGAGAAGCAGGUUGUGGCUGUCCUUUCCCUCACUGCUGCAAACAUGGGCCUUACGUUGUCUGCUGCAGACCUGGUGGUGUUUGCAGAGCUCUUCUGGAACCCAGGGAUUUUGAUCCAAGCAGAAGAUCGGGCACAUCGAAUUGGACAGACCAGCUCCGUUAAUGUUCACUACCUGGUUGCUAGAGGCACAGCAGAUGACUACUUAUGGCCAAUGAUUCAAGAGAAGAUCAAAGUGCUGGGCGAAGCUGGUCUUUCAGAAACCAAUUUCUCUGAAACAGCUGAGUCCACUAAUUACUGUCCUAAGCCUGAUCCAAAGCAGCAGACCAUCUAUGACCUUUUCCAGAGGACCUUCUCUGAGAGCAGAGAUGAUGCUGAUGAUGCUUUGCUUUUAGAGGCAGCUGAUGCUGGCUGUGAGUUUGACUCUGACAGUGUCUUGCAAGAUAAAGAAGCAAAAACAUGUUCAGUGAGUCCCAAAAAAAAGCGGCGUAUUGAGGAGUUUUUUCAAGUGUAAUGGUGACAGCAAAAGAGAUGGCAACUAAGAGAUCUUUUUUAAUU